UUGCCCUUAGGAAACUAGUUCGCGUGCGCAACUCGCACUUCCCUGUCGAACCCAGAUUAGGGUGGCUAGAGCUAGACGAAGAGAGAGAGAGAAGCAGAGCAGCAUGGGAGAUCUCUACGUAUGGCUCAUCUCCUUCUUCUUCAUCAUAGCCCUCAUAGUCAUGAUUGUCUUCCAGCUCAUGUGCUUGGCAGAUCUAGAAUUUGAUUAUAUUAAUCCUUAUGAUUCUUCAUCUCGGAUCAACAAAGCAGUUUUGCCCGAGUAUUUCACGCAAGGAGCUCUUUGCAUAUUAUAUCUUAUAACAGGGCACUGGUGCAUGGCGCUGGUUUGUGCUCCAUAUCUCUACUACAAUGUUAGGCUUUAUACUCAAAAACAACACCUCGUGGAUGUGACUGAGAUAUUCAACCAGCUUCAUUGGGAAAAGAAGCAACGACUUUUCAAACUUGGCUAUCUUAUCAUUAACCUAUUCCUUGCCAUAUUCUGGAUGAUCAUGACUGCAUUGGAAGAUCAUGAUGAUUAUUAGCUGCUGAGGACUUCUCUACUGGGUCUUGAUGGGAACUGGGAAGUAGUGGAUUCCAUAAGCUUCUUCCUUGUUUGAGUGGGUAGAACUAUUUUGCUGCCUUUUUGGACAAGGGAUCUGUUGUAACUGCAAUAGUUAGUAUUCCAUGUUUGGAGGAUUAAUAUUGGAUACUUGUUUGAUUUUUUGAAGUAUAAUUUCUAGGCAUUAUACCUUUCCCGGGGUUUGUCCAAGAAGUCUAGUUAUAUGAGGCAUGUGGCUUGUUUUACAUUUCGUUUACCUCUUUUUCUACAACGAACUACCAUCUGGCUUUGAUGCCAUAUGGGGAAGGUAUAAGGCCUGGCUUGUGACUUUGGACUGAAUGUAUAUGUACACCUGUAGUAGAAAACAGUUGCCAUAAUUUAUUUGGAUGGGAUUACUGCACGAAUAUACUGUUCAAUUUACUUUUUGGAGUGAUUUGAU